UGUUUGUGCAUUUUUGUUUGUUUCUCAAAUACAGAGUUGCCAAAUGCUCUUAAAUCAACUGAGAGAAAUCACAGGCAUUCAAGAUCCAUCCUUCCUUCAUGAAGCGUUAAAGGCCAGUAAUGGUGACAUCACCCAGGCAGUCAGCCUGCUUACGGAUGAAAGAGUUAAGGAGCCCACUCAAGACGCUGUUGCCGCUGAACCAUCUGAGGUAGAGGGGAGUGCCGCCAACAAAGAAGUGUUAGCAAGUAUGUGAAAUAUGGCUCGGGUCCAACUCGGUUCCCACUCCCGGACAUGUUGAAAUAUGUUAUUGAAUUUGCCAGUACAAAGCCUGCCUCGGAAAGCUGUCCUCAGAGUGACACACACGUGACAUUGCCACUUUCUUCAGCGCACUGCCCAGGUUCUGACCCGACAUCCACAGAAAGUACAAGUCCAGAAAGCUCUUCUGAAGAUGUUGACCACACCUUUUCUCCCUGUGAAGACCAUCUGCACAAGUCUGAGGGGACGAGCAGGCCACUGGCCUCGGGCCGGUCUCCCCUGGGAAUGCCUGCACACCCGGCCCCUCGCACAGUCACGCCUGAGGAGAUGAACUUUGUUAAGACCUGUCUUCAGAGGUGGAGGAGUGAAAUCGAGCAGGACAUACAAGACUUACAGAACUGUAUUGCAAGCACCACUGAGACUAUUGAGCAGAUGUACUGUGAUCCUGUCCUUCGUCAGGUGCCUUAUCACCUGCAUGCGGUGCUUGUUCAUGAAGGGCAAGCGAAUGCUGGACACUACUGGGCCUAUGUCUAUAACCAACCCCGGCAGAUCUGGCUUAAGUACAAUGACAUCUCAGUUACCGAAUCCUCCUGGGAAGAACUUGAAAGAGAUUCAUACGGGGGCCUGAGAAACGUUAGUGCUUACUGUCUGAUGUAUAUUAAUGACAAGCUACCGCACUUUAAUGCAGAGACAGUCCCCAGUGAAUCUGAUCAAAUGAUAGGAGAACUGGAAACCUUAUCUGUUGAGCUGAAACAUUACAUUCAGGAAGACAACUGGAGGUUUGAACAGGAGGUAGAGGAGUGGGAAGAAGAGCAGUCCUGCAAAAUACCUCAGAUGGAAUCCUCAAGCUCUGCACCACAGGAAUUCUCAUCACAAGAGCCUCCAGUAGCCUCUUCCCAUGGGGUCCGCUGCUUGUCGUCUGAGCACGCGGUGAUCGUGAAGGAGCAGACUGCCCAGGCCAUUGCGAACACGGCACACGCCUACGAGAAGAGUGGUGUGGAAGCAGCCCUGAGUGAGGAAGCUGAACCCAAGAAGCCCAGGCCCCAGGAAACAAACCCUGCAGAGCAGUCAGAACAGCCCCCAAAGGCUAAUGGCGCAGUGUCUGCCGCCCAGCCCAAUGCUGAGGUCUCUGAAGUCGAGAUUCCCAGUGUGGGGAGGAUUGUGGUUAGAUCUGAUGCAGACGGAUAUGAUGAGGAGGUGAUGCUGAGCCCUGCCAUGCAAGGGGUCAUCCUGGCCAUAGCCAAAGCCCGUCAGACCUUUGACCGAGAUGGGUCUGAAGCAGGGCUUAUUAAGGCGUUCCACGAAGAAUACUCCAGGCUCUAUCAGCUUGCCAAGGAGACCCCCACCUCUCACAGUGACCCUCGCCUUCAGCAUGUUCUUGUCUACUUUUUCCAAAAUGAAGCACCCAAAAGGGUAGUAGAGCGGACCCUUCUGGAACAGUUUGCAGAUAAAAAUCUGAGCUAUGAUGAAAGGUCCAUCAGCAUUAUGAAGGUGGCUCAGGCGAAACUAAAGGAAAUUGGUCCAGAUGAUAUGAAUAUGGACGAGUACAAGAAAUGGCAUGAAGAUUAUAGUUUGUUUCGAAAGGUGUCUGUGUAUCUCCUAACAGGCCUGGAACUCUAUCAAAAAGGAAAGUAUCAAGAAGCCCUGUCCUACCUGGUCUAUGCCUACCAGAGCAACGCCACUCUCCUCAUGAAGGGGCCUCGCAGAGGGGUGAAGGAAUCAGUGAUUGCUUUAUACCGAAGAAAAUGCCUUCUGGAGCUAAAUGCCAGAGCAGCUUCUCUCUUCGAAACAAAUGAUGACCACUCUGUAACAGAGGGCAUUAAUGUGAUGAAUGAGUUAAUCAUUCCGUGCAUUCACCUUAUCAUUAAUAAUGACAUCUCCAAGGAUGACCUAGAUGCCAUUGAAGUCAUGAGGAACCACUGGUGCUCUUACCUUGGGCAGGAUAUUGCAGAAAAUCUGCAGCUGUGCUUAGGGGAGUUUCUACCCAGGCUUCUGGAUCCUUCUGCAGAAAUCAUUGUCUUGAAGGAACCACCAACUAUUCGACCUAAUUCUCCCUAUGACCUUUGUAGUCGAUUUGCAGCUGUCAUGGAGUCAAUUCAAGGAGUUUCAACUGUGACAGUGAAAUAAGCACCUCAUGUUUAAGGCCCACCGCGUUCCCUGGUUGCCUACUUGUCGCACAGCAGUCUGUUGUCACGGUGUUCACGGGGGAAAGGGAUUAGGUGGAUAAGUAGGAUUCACAUCCACACCCACCCAUGCUGCAUGUUUAAAGAAGGAUUAAAGAUGAAGUUGCACUUUUUAGGUACAGAGUUAUAAAAGCUACUUCACUAGAAAAGGCAGGAACCAGUGUGUUAAGGUAUUGAAAUAUGCCUGAAGACCUGAAAUGCCUUGAAACCACAAUGCUUGGGCUUUUCUAAUCCUCUCACCACUUUUUAAAUUAUCCUUCAGGUAUAAAUAUUUUUGACAGCAGAACAGAAGAGUGAUUCAUCAGAACCUGAACCAGAUGAACAGCUACUAGUUAUUUUAUCAAGUACAGGUGACAUUUUAAAAUUCUGAACUAUAAAAGAUUAGGAAUAUAAACCCUGCCUUGCUCUUGACAAGAGGUGACAAAAAUGGGUUGCCGAUAAGCCUGCCCCCUUUCACAUGUGGGUAGAACAUAAGGUCGCGUGGCAGGAGAUGCUGAAAAGUCAAAGCUGCAUCUCCUUUCUUCCAUCUCUCUUAUGUUUUUAAAUAAGCCAAAAGACCUCUUUCGCAGUCCUGAGUGAAAGAAAAGUGAUUAAGGACUUCGGACGGAAUAGCAUUGUGCAGCUUGCCUAAAGCUGCCAUUUUAAUAGUUACUAACCAUUGAGGCGAAGUUCUCCAUUAUCUGAAAGUUGUCAGAAACAGGUAUCUGAGGCUACUGGUUGUCCGAUAGAACAUUUUGAUUCCCUGCUCCUUUUUUGCUUUUAAAAAACGAGGAAUAUGGAUUUGUAAAAAGAAAAAAUAUAUAUAUAUGUAUAUUUAGAGAUAAAACCAUUUUUAAAAUACUCCUAACUGGGAAUUAUGUUUGAACCAAAAUUUAAAGAUUAAUAGAGGAAACACAAGAAGGAGGAACACUUGAUACAACUGUGCAGAUUUUAUAAUGUGCAAUAAAAGUAUUUGUUUUUCCUUUGG